CUGCAACAACAGCUGCAACAACAGCUGCAACAACCGCUGCAACAACCGCUGCAACAACAGCAGCAGCAACUGAUGCAACAACAGCAGCAACAACUGAUGCAACAGCAGGGCUCCCUCGCCAUGCUUAAUCAGCACCCACCGAUAAAUGACCCUACUUUCAGCACCUACAGGCCUAAAGGGUACUGGAAAAAUCGUUGCAUUCGAUGUGAAAAACAUCUAGCCGAACUAGAUGCCGGUCACAACUUCAAGAACUGCACCGGAGCAUGCUGGAUCUGCAGAGUAUACGGUCUCCCUGAGAAUGCGGAAUAUACGCACUAUGGCAAGCGCUGCUUUGGACCAUGGAGGAACGAAAAAAACGUCGAAAUUCUGAAUAAUCAUGGUAACAUGAACACUGACGACGUUCCGCCGACCUACGCACCAAGGAACCGUCAACAAACGCCGGCCGAGAGGGUCAAACUUCUCGAAGAACAAUUGAAGGCCAAAAACCAAGAAAUCAAAGGCCUGAAGACCGAGAAUCGUAAUCUCCGAUUCGAAUUGGAACGCGAGCGAGGAUCCAGACAACUUGGGCCCGCGGCGGGUGCGCUUCCGCCUGCGCCUGUGGGUUUGCCUCAGGCAGCCUACCAACUGCCCAACCAAUUAACGGGCCAAGGACUCUAUCAAGGUAUUGCACAACAGCAGCCUCUCCCACCAUAUGGGUUGUAUCAACAACAGUUCGCCGCUGCGCCUGUUAAUCUUCCCCCAAACCCGAAUUUCCAGGGUCGGCCGUAUCCUGGCCAUAACUAUCCUCCGUAUUAAUGCGGUCUUAGUCUUUUUUUUUUGGUUGUUUCUUUCUUUUUCCGUCUUUUAUUUCUCUAUAUCCAGUCUUGAAGAUUGAGGUAAAGUCUGCUUUUGCUCUGUUUCUGCUUUUAGUUUGAUUUUAGUUGCUUGUGUCUUGCGCCCGAUCCCAACAACCGAGGAUUGAGGUAAACUUUGGUUUUUUUGCAUCCAAUCCUAUCAACUGAGGAUUGUGAUAACUUCUCUUUUCGCACCUAAUCAGAUGAUUG